AAUGUGGGUAUGCGUUCAACGAGAAGCAUGCAGAGCUUACAAAGUCAAGGCGACAAGGAAACAGACAUGAAAAGUUUAUCUAGUGUGGAGGAUAAUAUAGAAAAAAUGAAGAGCUUCGAGAAUCUUAUUUCCGGAAACCAAACAGUGAAGGUUUCCCUAACCCCAAAUCGACUGAUCACAAUCGAGACACACAAACGACCACCGAAACUCGCGCCUCGUGAGCCCGUCUCUCGUGAAAGGAUAAUUCAGACCACCAUGCAAGAGAGUUUAUAUGAGUUCUUAAAAAAUACUAGUCCUGAUGAUGUUCUAGCGGAUCCUAUUGAUAAAAUCAAGAAGAAAGAUUCAAAAGUAGAUCUUUUUCAGAGAAGAGGAAAAGCUAUUGAUAAAUUAGAAAAA